AUUUUGCCUUUUUCUGUAUACGGAGACUUUUGGUUGAAGACUGCAGAUGACAUCUGAGGUCCAGAGUCGGAGACGUAGGCCUUAUAAAAAGUCCGUCCGUGGAUGUCGAAACUGUAAAUUACGGAGAGUCAAGUGCGACGAAACCAAACCGCAUUGUCACAAUUGCUCCACCUACGGUGUCGUCUGCAAUUACGUGAGCAGCAAUACCCCAGAUCUACAUGUCUCGGCCGUAAGGCUGCAUGGUCGGAGCGCGAACGGAUGCGGUCAUCGUUCAGACCUGCAGGCUCGACAUUAUGAAGUCACACCAUUGCCAUCAAUUGUCCAGACCACCCUAAAGCCAAUUGUUUUCUGCUCUGAUGGAAGGUACGAGUUUCGCAUGGACGGGCGAUGUUUUGCGGGUUUGGAACGUUUUGGAGCAAAGGCCAUUCCACCAUAUAGUUGGGAAGUGACGAAAAUCUGGCGAGAAGAUGUUCCGCGCUUCGCUUUCAGUAAUCCAUACCUGAUGCACACAUUGUUAGCUGUAGCUGCGGCACAUGAACGGCUUCACGAGAUGGCGGAAGAUGCUCAGCGGACACUGAACGAAACCUACCAUACCGCACGCGCUAUUUCUCUGUUCAAUCAAAAGCUCUCUUCACGCCUCACACCCGCCGACUACGACCCAUUAUGGGCGACGGCCGCUCUACUUGGUCUGCUGUCCAGUAGCGCCAUCGACACGUUGCCUGAGAAUUCGUGGCCACUUACGACACCUUCCCCUUCAGAUCUUGAGUGGUUCAUUCUUACUGACGGUAAAAAAGCUGUUUGGGCACUGACUAACCCAUUGCGCCCUUCCUCCGUCUUCUCGUCGGUCGCACAAGAGUACGCGGCUUGGGACGUGCCAAUACCCGCAUCAGGUGUAGGGAGCAUCGAUGCGCGGCUCGCAUCGCUCUGCGGAAUCACCGAAUCUAGCUCGGCGGAGAAUAACCCGUACUACGCGGGUGCGCACAUGUUGUCAAUUCUGCAAGCCCUAAACUCAAAUGCCGAACCAAGCACGCAUGAAUCACUGGAGGAACUACAUAUCAAGACGACAGGGACCGAAGAUGUAGCUUACGUCAGCCAACAUCAAGUACAACACAUCAGUUUGCUGAAGCAGAGGGACAAGGUGUCCCUCGUGUUGCUAGCUCUGUGGUAUGAGCGGUGCGAAGGCGUGUGCUGGUGGCUCGACCGACGGGCUAGGACCGAGGGGCUUGCUAUCCGUCUCUUUCUCAAGCAAAACUAUCCGGACGAUAAGGCCAUCUCCGAGCUGUUGCCGAUUCUCGACUCAAGAGACAGGUUUGAUGUAACCGGGCGUAGAGAAAACGCCACCGUCGGAUUGCAAAAACGUUUCAUGGAGACUCUCCUGGCGUGGGAGGAUCUACGGAUCACAUAUCGAUCAAGUAACUUCUUUCUAGGCCUGUGAGCCAAAUAGGCUGCAUGGGAGUCAAAGAUCGGUGAUGCGGAAAGGUGGCGCACGCAGGAUUGGAGUAUUUGAGGCAUCCGACAUAGAGAAGGUCGGUGACACUGGAAAGACGAUGGGCGAGUUGUUGUGGUUGAAGACGAGAUGGAGACGAG